AUGCCAGGACCCAACCCGAAUGCUACCGCCGACUCCAACCCUCUUUCGAGAGCGUGGUUGACAUUAGUCACACGUGCUUCAUAUCUUCCCGGACUCGCAGUGCUGGUUGAUUCCUUGUAUAAACAUGGCUCGAAACAUCCUCUCAUUGUUCAAUAUACAACCGACCUCCCCGAAGACUGUAUCAAAUGUCUCCAACUCCUUCACGGCCUCUACCCGCUAUGCCUCCCGCAGCGUGUCGAAUCUAUCCCCCUACCCGAUGGUCUCGAGCCCGUAGCCGCUCGCUUUGCAGACACUCUGACGAAAUUGCGCGCCUUCCAGCCUCUGACACAGAACGAACUUGAUGUCCUGGGAUUGCCGUCCACGCCGAAAGAAAUCUGUUUUCUGGACGCGGACAUUCUUAUCAUGCGGAACCUGGAUGACAUCUUCGACGUCCCACGACCCGGCUCGGAUUGGGUCGCAUCUCAUCACGCCUGCGUCUGCAAUGUGGACGGCGAUCCUCUUGCACCACCAGAGUACUCGAUCGAAAACUGUCCCUUCACCCGUGUGGAGCACCCAGAGGCUCUCGAGCAGCCUGUACUUGUCCCAGAAACGGAAGCUCAGAAGAAGACCUACGCCCUUCUCAACUCUGGCGUCUUUGUCUGCACACCUUCUCAGGAACUAUGGCAAAAGAUCCAGGACUUUUUCACAAACAACGAAGCAUUGGUCAAGACUUUUAAAUUCCCCGAUCAGAACUUUAUGGAAGUGUUUUUCCAGGACAAAUGGGUGCCACUGGGUUGGCAGUACAAUGCCAUCAAAACCCAUCGAUACUGGCACUCGGCCGCCUGGCGAGAUGACGAAGUCCGAGCACUUCAUUAUAUCAUUGACAAACCAUGGGAAGUCAGGACCGGGAAAGGUGAUGCUGCUGGAUAUCUCGGACGUGACGGUGUAACGCACAGCUGGUGGUGGGCUGCCUACGACCAGUUUGUAGAAGAAAUGGCGCGACGAGGAGAUGUCGGCCGCGCCGUUGUCGCUUGUGUCUCAAGGACUUUGAAUCCCGCAGACUCGGCGCAGAGAAGAGUUGGAGGGAGGGAGCUACUCGCUCGACUAGGGCGAAAGAGUGCUUUGCCUGUUCUUGUGUAG